AGGCUUAUCUUCAUUCCCUCAUGAGUUUGGUUCCCACUUCUCUGGUUCAGGCAUGGCUUCAUUAUUCCCACAAUUCCUCUCCCAUCCUAACCCUCACCUACGAAACCAUCUCCUCUCCUCCCAAACCACCAAAAACCCAUCACAGCAUUACAUCCGUAUACCACCCAGAAAACACUACUUGUUCGUCACCAAAUGCACUGCACCAAACUCUACUCAACCUGAUUUCCCAAGUCCAAACUCUGAAACCACCACCAGUGCAGAGAAAUUCCCAAUCGAAAAGCGAAGGAAAUCGGAAAUCACCCGAGACAGGAAGUCCUCAACUGGCCUGGAAAAGCCCGAGCCACCGAACUUUGAGAUUGGCUGGAAGAGAACCAAAGAGAUUCCACUGGAGAAGCCAGUAGGGUAUGUCAUAGCUGACUUCCUGGAGAAGUUGGAAGGCUUAAUGGGGCGAGAAUUCGGGUCCAGAGAGUUGCUGGUGAAGGCUGCAGAGAUUGUGGCUGAGAGAGCAAGAGAGGAAGCAAAAGUGUUGAGAGAUGAUGGUAAGGUGGAAGAUAGAAUGGUGACCGAAUUGUUCAGGGUGCUGAAGCUGAUGGAGAUGGACAUGGUUAUGGUAAAGGCUGCAGUGAAGGACGAGACUUUGAGUGAGAGGCUUGAGCAGGCUAAAGCAAGGUGCAGGCAAGCUAUACUUGUUGCUUUAUCGUUUUGAAGCCUAAAUUAGCAACAGCCCGGUUCAUAAUUUUUGUUCGGUUCAAUGAUAAAAAGAGAAAAAGGCUUCGAAUUGUACAUUACAUUUUGGUAAAUGGGUCCUCCGACUUCGUAAAAUUUUGCAAAUGAGAAAUAUAUUCGCUCACUUAGAGUUGGGUAACUUCAACUGUUGAGUAAAGUGAAAUGAGAUGGUUAAGUUUACAGGUAAA